CGCGCCGGGCGCGCUGCGGGCGCGGGGCCCACCGCGCUGGGCAGCCCGGGACCCCCCGGCCCGGCCGCGGGCGCCUCCCCGCAGCGCCCAUAACUUACUCGGCGGGGACGGGGAGGCGGGAUCGCGCAGGCGGGGGACGCGCCCGGGGGCCGGGUCCCCACGCGCCAGCCUGACGGCCGCCCCGCGCAGCUCCCGCCGGCCCGCGCGCGGCUGCAGCGCUUGGCUCGCUCCGCGGCUGGCUCCGCGCGGCACGGGGCUGGGCGUCUCGGCAGAGGUGGGGGGCAGGUGGGAGCGGGGGGGGGCAGCGGAAGGACUGCCCGGCCGGACAGACGGACGUGCCUCCCCGCCCGGAGCGGGCGCCGGGCUCGGCCGCUCUCCGAGGUGCUGAAGCGCCGCGUCCAGCCCGCACGGACCCCGCGGUCGCUCUCCGAGGUGCUGAAGCGCCGCGUCCAGCCCCCUGCCCCGCGCCCGCCCACCCGGGAGCCCGCGGCUGGACCCCGAGCCCGGCGCGGCUGGACCCCGAGCCCUGCGCGGCUGGACUCCUGAGCCCGCCGCCGCUGGACCCUUGUGGAUUUUCUUUGGGGGUUGUUUUUUUUUUUUGGAGGGGGUUUUGCUUUUCGCAAUAGCUCUGGCUGGUUUUUCUAAGCGCCAACUUGAAACAUUUCCGUCCCCCCCUAACUCGUGGACUACAAAGCACAAGGACCCGGGAAAAUGUGCAGCUUUGAUACUCUGCGCCUCUACCUCUGGAAGACCAUUGUAUUCUUCAGCCUGGCGGCCUCCAUAGAGGCGGACGCCGCGCGCUCGACGCCCAAGGCCAUGUCGCCCUCGGACUUCCUGGACAAGCUCAUGGGACGGACGUCGGGGUAUGAUGCCCGGAUCAGGCCCAACUUUAAAGGGCCCCCCGUGAACGUCAGCUGCAACAUCUUCAUCAACAGUUUUGGCUCCAUCGCCGAGACCACCAUGGACUACAGGGUGAACAUCUUCCUGCGGCAGCAGUGGAACGACCCCCGGCUGGCCUACAACGAGUACCCCGACGACUCGCUGGACCUGGACCCCUCCAUGCUGGACUCCAUCUGGAAGCCUGACCUGUUCUUCGCCAACGAGAAGGGGGCGCACUUCCAUGAGAUCACCACCGACAACAAGCUGCUGCGCAUCUCGCGCAACGGGAACGUGCUCUACAGCAUCCGAAUCACACUGACGCUGGCCUGCCCCAUGGACCUGAAGAACUUCCCCAUGGACGUGCAGACGUGCAUCAUGCAGCUCGAGAGCUUCGGCUACACCAUGAACGACCUGAUCUUCGAGUGGCAGGAGCAGGGGGCCGUGCAGGUGGCCGACGGGCUCACGCUGCCCCAGUUCAUCCUCAAGGAGGAGAAGGACCUGCGCUACUGCACCAAGCACUACAACACGGGGAAGUUCACGUGCAUCGAGGCGCGCUUCCACCUGGAGCGGCAGAUGGGCUACUACCUGAUCCAGAUGUACAUCCCCAGCCUGCUCAUCGUCAUCCUCUCCUGGAUCUCCUUCUGGAUCAACAUGGACGCCGCACCCGCGCGCGUGGGGCUGGGCAUCACCACCGUGCUCACCAUGACCACGCAGAGCUCUGGCUCCCGCGCCUCCCUGCCCAAGGUGUCCUACGUGAAGGCCAUCGACAUCUGGAUGGCCGUGUGUCUGCUCUUCGUCUUCUCGGCCCUGCUCGAGUACGCGGCCGUCAACUUCGUGUCCCGACAGCACAAGGAACUGCUGCGUUUCCGGAGGAAGAGGAGGCACCACAAGGAGGAGGAGGCCGGGGAGGGCCGCUUCCACUUCUCGGCCUACGGGAUGGGCCCCGCGUGCCUGCAGGCCAAGGACGGCAUCUCGGUGAAGGGCCCCAACAGCAGCUCCGCCAACCCGCCGGCCCCCUCCAAGACCCCCGAGGAGAUGCGCAAGCUCUUCAUCCAGCGGGCCAAGAAGAUCGACAAGGUGUCGCGCAUCGGCUUCCCCAUGGCCUUCCUCAUCUUCAACAUGUUCUACUGGAUCAUCUACAAGAUCGUGCGCCGGGAGGACGUGCACAACCAGUGACAGGCGCGGCGCGGGGGCUGGGCGCACCCACCUGCUUGGCCCCGCCCCGCCCGGGCCCCCGCCCACCCGAGCUUGCUUGGCUGCGGCGUCACCCGCUUCCGACCCCACCCGACGCGCGCCUCCACGUCCCCUUGGUGGGCACGGGCAAGGGCGGGGGCCGGGCAGCAGGGGAGGGGGUGGGGUCCGUGCCCGGGCCCUCCCACCGAGUGCCCACGCAGCUGCUUGCACCGCCCCCCCCCCAGGUCCUCACGAUGACGGGCGAUAUGCAAUCUUUUUUACGGUCAGGAGAAGUAAUAACCAGACAAUAUGCAGGUAGAGUAUACACGGAUGCACUUUUUCAAAUGUCUAUUUUUUGGAGAAUUUCUUAGAACUGCAAGGGGGAGUGUUCGAGAGGUGGCAGGAGACGUGCCCAGGGUGCAAGUGACGCAUCGCUCAGAGGGAGGGGACAGGGCAGGAAGAGAGACAGCAGCAGAGAUAGGCAGAGACAGGCAAAGACAGCCGACAGAGACAGGCAGUCGGGCAGAGACGGGCAGAGACGGACAGAGAGACAGAGAGACAGAGAGACAGCAGGCAGAGACAGGGGCAGGCAGAGAGGUAGCAGGUAGAGGCAGGCAGCAGUGGAGUGAGUGCUGGCCAGGCGUCAUGUCCAAGGGCAGGAGAGAGGGGAGCUGGGGGUGGGGACGAGGUUCUGGAAGGUUCUCCCAGCCCACCGCUCUCCCCAGAUGCCCUCGGGAGGGAGCCGUGCCACAGCGUGCAAGCCGUGGUUCCCUCCUCCCGCGGGUCAUCAGAGCGAGCCCGCGGGCAGGAAAGAGCAUGGCGGGGCCCACAGGCAGGAGGGCCCCGGGAGGGGUGACCUGCAGCACUGGGAGCACGCGGCCGCCCUCUCCCUGGAGGCUGCCCCGUCCCGAGCGAGGGGGCACAGCCGGGGACACGGGGACGCCCGAGCCGCCCGCCAGCCCCCCGAGCAGCAGGAGACAGACCCGCGGCCCACCAGUGACCGCCCUCCACUGCGGCCGAGCCAGCAUGCGCCCGACCGCCUGCUGGGAAGCCAGGGGCCACAGGCUGGGGGCUGCUGCUGCCCCCAGCCCCCGACCAGUGGGAGGCGACUCCCACCGUCCCACCAGGCUGCUUCCUCCUCUGAGCCCCGAGACAAGCAGCCACGUCCGUCCUCACGCUGUGCCAGCAGGCGCAGGCCCAGGGGGCGGCCACGGCUGAGCCAGCAGCAGAGCCCUGCAUGUGCGGCACCUCCUGGGGACCCGCUGCCCCCUGCUCUCCGCCCCCGCCUCCCCGACCAUCACGUGCAUCGCCACGUGGACUCGGGUCCGCAGGUCCUCUUGGGGCCGGCCCAGCUCACCUCCGCCGAGGCUCCGCCCCGGCCUCCAGCUUCCGGCCAGGCUGCCCUCCGCGAAGCACCGGCUCCUCCCCUGCCCCCACCGGACGCCGCUCUGGCCCCGCCCAGCACCCCCACACUCGCCCACCGCCGGCCGGCCGGAGCCCACAAAGUGUCCCUGGCCCCCAGCUCCCCAAGUGGACUCUCCAGUGCUCAGCACCUCACCAGGCACCUGGACGCCAGGGUGGGCCUGCAGCCGGACACACCAGCUGCCCCAACUGCAAAUGUCCAGAGGGCCCCUGCCCGCUCCCGCCCAGCCGCACCAUCGCCUGCGCCCGACGGCUCCAGGGGCCCCUCCAGCAGCCCCCGCUGCCCUGCAGGAGCCGCCUCUGAGCCCCGAGGGGUCCUGUCCGGCCAGUGCUGGACGUCGGGACCGAGAGCCAGUGCCUGUCCCUCGGGCCUUCCACAGCUGCCCAGGGACUUCUGGGAUCUGUGGGUCUGACACACGUGGCUGGUUCUAACCCCGGAGCUGCGAGGCGCAGACAGACAGAGAGACGCCCUGUCCCUCCCACCACCGCUGGGGCAUCUGGCUCAGUUGUGCUGGGACGAAGCUGCUGCCAAGGGGCCCAGACACAGGGGCCACGUCUGACUGAGCUGCGGGAGCUCCGACCCCCCAUGCAGGCUCAGGGGCGCGACGGCCCAGACCCCAGGCCCGGCAGGAAGUCCAGUCGGUCCCCCAGAACCUGCCGCCGCUGCCCCCGGGCCUGCCCCGGGCUGGCCCACGCUGGGCUCUGAGCCGGGCCCCCGGGGUCAGCGCGGGGACCUGCCACAGGCAGCUGGGGGCAUGUGGCGUGAGCGAGUCCGGCAGGCCCUGGGCGGCCACCCUGUGGGGCUGGGCGGGGGUGCUGACGGCCGCCCACCACAGCAGAUGGCCAAAGGACCAAGGGCGGGACGAGCCGGCCGCCUCAGGGACACGGGGGCUACCUCGAGCUCGGCUUCCCACGAGGACGGCCAGCCCACCUCCCUGCAGCCGGGUCCCCUGCGCCCCCUCUCGGACAGGCGAGGGCGAGUGACCGUCCCCUCCCAGCCCAAGUCUCUGCAGUGGGACCAGGACAGUCCCGUGGGCUGAGAACCAAGACCACCGUGUCCCCGAGGGCCGCGCCCCCGACAGCCCCGACCCUGACACUGGUGCUCACGAGCCGCCCAUCUCGCCCGCUCCCACUCGGCCUGAGUCUACCUCAGGGGCGUCCCCGCAUGAUCCUGGCCCUGCCACGCCACAUGCCCCCCGCCCCGGCCUCGUCCGUGCGCAGGUGCCCAUGUCCCGCGGCCCAGCCAGGACACCAGAUGGCGUGGCCAGAGCCGCGGGGUACAGAGCUGCCUGGGAGACGCGGCCACUCGAAGCCAGAGCACAGCCCGGACAGUGGCAGGGCCGGCCCAGACCUCGGCAGCACUGGCCCCUGGGGACGCCCCCUGUGCUGACGCCGAAGUUCAAACACGUCCUGUUGGAAACAUGCUGCUGCGCUUGCUGAGGUCUGUGAAGCCACAUCUGGAUACACGCCAGCCGUGGCACGUGCCAACUGUGCUACACACCAACUGUGGCACACGCCAGCCAUGUACGCACCAACCAUGGUACACGCCAGCCGUGGCACGUGCCAACUGUGGCACACACCAACUGUGGCACACGCCAGCCAUGUACGCACCAACCAUGGCACACGCCAGCCAUGGUACGCACCAACUAUGGCACAUGCUAGCCGUGGUACGCACCAACCAUGGCACGCGCCAGCCGUGGUAUGUGCCAGCUGUGGUAUGCACCAGCCAUGGUACGUGCCAGCUGUGGUACAUGCCAACCGUGGUACGUGCCAGCUGUGGUACACGCCAACCGUGGCAUGUACCAGCUGCAUUGCCAGCCACCCAUGGUAUGCACUGUGCCAACAUGCUCCUCUUGGGAGGCACCCGCAGCGUGUGCCCGCAGGCCUAGGGCCAGCAGGGGGUCAGCCCUCAACACCGAUGCUGUCCACGGGGCGGGGUGGGGGGUUGCAGAGGGGAGGCUGAGGCAGGAAGGCAAGCCCCACACUGAUCCCGCCUCCCCUUCCUUCUGGGACAUGUGUGCCGACUCCUGUGCUCGGGGCAGGGGGUGGCUCCGGGGCCUCCGCAGACCCGGGACCCGUCACUCGUCCAACCCCAAGUCGUGGGCACCUCGAGAGCCUGCCCGCAACGCCCCAGGUGGGAAGGCCGCGCGCUGGGCCAGGGAGCCGAGGCCAGCCCUGUCCUCCGGAAACGUCCACACGACACUCAUGCGAAGGCUGAAGGCCGUCUGCCCCUCACGGGUCCCCUCCUCUCACCAUCGCCCUGGGCCUCCCUCGACCCCUUUUUUGCAUGGAGCCAAAGUUAUGGCAGUUAUUUUUGGCUUGUAAAAAAAAAAAUCUAUUUCUGCAGUUUGAAGACGGAAUGUAAAAUUUCUGUGACACAUGUAUAUAAAGAUAUAUUUAUUGAACCACC